GCAAGAGGCACAAUCAAACCAGCCUACAAAGCGGUAGCAAGUGUAUCAGUGUCUAGUUUCAACUGCUGUAAGAGGCAAGAAAGCCAGUAUCAAUGUACUGAUCAUUAAAUUUUGCAUUUUUGCCAGUGUCUCCCUUCUAGCAAAACACACUUCCAAUUUUUGUCCACUUCCAGUUCUGUUGAGAUUGACUUUGUGUACAUUUUCUUCAUCUAGUUUGACUUCUGUUCCUUCGUGCCCAACACACCUUGCACCAUGCUCCAGCCUCUGCCCACAGACAAAGACAGUGUCACUAUGGAGUUAAUCAUGAACACACUCCCGGAUAUCAGCCAGUCAUGUGUACAGAUGGCAAUCACAUGGCAUUUAGGAAGAGUUCAGCCGGACGCAAUACCUCUGGCACAGUACGAGGAACAGUUCUUCACUGAGCCAGCAGACCAAAAGAUAAUUGAUGACUUCAAGCAGGAUCUGAAGGACAUUGAAGAGGAGAUUCUGCAGCAGAAUAAGGGUCUCGAACCACCAUAUCUCUAUCUGUGUCCUAGCUGAAUAGAAAACAGAAUU